GCCGGGUGCGGGCGCCGGCCAUGCUCAUCACGCUGUGCUACCUGUACCUGUGGGCGCGCUGGGGCCGCCGGCCGGCCGCCUUGGUGCUCUCCACGGUGCGGCGGCUGCGCGCCUCGCGCUGCUCCUUCACCUUCUGCCGUGCCGCCGCGCAGCCCGGGGGCGCGCGCGUGUGCCUGAGCCGCGGCGGCCGCGUCUUCUGCGUCGGCGAGAGCCAGUCUAUUGAUGACUUGAGCAAAUGGGCCCUGUUUCUUGUCUCUCCCUUCAUACUUGAGGCAGAGCACAUAGCAUUUGUGACAGAGAGCAUCUGGGCACAAGGUGACAGUUUCCAGAAGCCAUCGUCUGCAGAAACAGUUGUAAGAUGGUCGGACUGUUGUUUGCCGUUAGCUUGCCGACCCGGGGAUCCCUACCAAUUAAUUGCUAAAGCAAGCGUUGACGACUUCAGCAAGCUCGGGGUUGCGUUUAUGGAGGAGAGGCUGCAGAUGGACAAUGGACUCAUAGCCCAGAAGAUUGUCUCAGUUCACUUAAAGGACCCCGCGCUGAAGGAAGUCGACGAGGCCUCCACCAAGCAAGUCCAAGCCCUGCCGCUGAACCCAGAACCUUCCCUCGAGGCCGAGCCUGUGCAGGGCAUCAUGGAGCAUGCUGGCCAAGGUGACGCGAGGGUUGGUGAAGACCCUUCCCUUCGGAGGAGGGGCUGUGCCUCUGAGUGCGAGCCUGCCGCGGAUGGCGACCCGGGGCAGAGCUCCGCUGAGCACUAUCAGCUCCACCUGUCCAGCUGCCACGAGUGCUUGGAACUCGAGAACAGUACCAUCGAGUCAGUGAGGUUUGCAUCUGCAGAGGACAUUCCAGAACUUCCCUAUGAUCACAGCAGCGGUGUGGAGGGUGCUGCGGAUGAACUCUGCCCUGAAAGGGGAGGGAGGAGAGUCAACGUUUCGGGAAAGGCACCCAAUAUCUUGCUGUAUGUGGGCCCCAGUUCCGAGGAAGCCCUGGGCCGGCUCCAGCAGGUGCGGUCUGUCCUGAGCGACUGUGUGGACACGGACAGCUACACUCUCUACCAUCUGCUGGAAGACAGUGCCCUCAGGGACCCAUGGCCAGACAACUGUCUGCUCUUGGUUAUUGCCACCAGGGAACCCAUCCCUGAAGACAUACACCAGAAGUUCAUGGCCUAUCUCUCUCAGGGGGGGAAGGUGCUGGGCCUGUCUUCCUCUUUCACGUUUGGUGGAUUUCAGGUGACAAGCAGGGACAUGCUACGGAACACAGCCCAGAACUUGGUUUUCUCAAAGGCUGAUGGGAGUGAGGUACGGCUCAGUGUCCUGAGCAGCGGCUAUGUUUAUGAGGAAGGCCUCCACCCAGGCAAACUCCAGGGCCACCUAGAGAAUCCGGACAAGGACAGGAUGAUUGUGCACGUGCCUUUUGGAAGCCGAGGAGGGGAGGCCGUUCUCUGCCAGGUGUACCUGGAGCUCCCUCCAAGCGCUUCAGUGGUGCAAACCCAAGAAGACUUUAACGUGCUGAAGUCCAGCAACAUGAGAAGGCAUGAAGUCCUCAAGGAGAUCCUGACCACCCUCGGCCUAAGCUGUGAUGUCCGGCAGGUUCCCGCCUUAACGCCGCUGUACUUGCUGCUGGCCACCGAGGAAAUCCGGGAUCCUGUGACGCAGUGGCUUGAGAGGCAUGUGGAUCCUGAAGGGAUCAUAACUUCCAGCAAGCUCUCCCUUAAGUUCAUGUCCUCUUACACAUCUGAAGUGGAAAUCAGCCCGUCUUCUGUACCCGUGGUUACCAAUCCCGAAGCGUUCUCCUCAAAGCACUUUAACUUAGACACGUAUCGACGAAAUCUGCAGACCUCGCGGCUGGGAAAAGUAAUUCUGUUUGCCGAAGUGACCUCCACGACCAUGAGUCUCUUGGAUGGGUUGAUGUUUGAGAUGCCACAGGAAAUGGGUUUAAUCGCCAUUGCUGGUCGGCAGACCCAGGGCAAAGGAAGGGGCCCGAAUGCCUGGCUGAGCCCUGUGGGGUGUGCCCUUUUCACUCUGCUGGUCUCCGUUCCCCUGAGGUCACAGCUGGGACAGAGGAUUCCGUUUGUCCAGCAUUUGAUGUCCCUGGCUGUCGUGGAGGCGGUGCGGUCCAUCCCAGAGUAUGAGGAGAUCAACUUGCGAGUGAAGUGGCCCAAUGAUAUUUAUUACAGUGACCUCAUGAAGAUUGGUGGAGUUCUGGUUAAUUCAACGCUCAUGGGAGAAACAUUUUAUAUCCUUAUUGGCUGUGGAUUUAACGUGACUAACAGUAACCCUACCAUAUGCAUCAACGACCUCAUCGAAGAGCACAAUAAGGAGCACGAGACAGGCCUGAAGCCCUUACGAGCCGAUUUUCUCAUAGCCAAGGCGGUGACUGUACUGGAGAAAUUGAUUGACAGGUUUCAGGACCAAGGGCCCGAUGGUGUCCUUCCUCUCUAUUAUAAAUACUGGCUGCACAGUGGUCAGCGAGUCCGCCUGGGCAGUGCCGAGGGGCCGCAGGUGUCCAUCGUGGGCCUGGAUGAUUCCGGGUUCCUGCAGGUCCAUCGGAAGGGUGGUGAGGCUGUGACCACCGUGCAUCCAGAUGGCAACUCCUUUGACAUGCUGAGAAACCUCAUCCUGCCCAAGCGACAGUAGCGCGUGUCCCCAGACAGCUCGGAUCCGCCCUGCCGCAGCAGCACGCCACAACGGGGAAGCUCCUGGGCUGCUCCUGGCUGUCGCCUUUGCCUGCCUAGGGCCCCAGAAAGGAAUGUAGAGCUGUAGGCCAGUGUCUUCUCCGAGUCAUUUGUUAGCUCUUCAGGUUAUUGGUUCCCUGCCUCCGCCCCCUACCCCACCCCACCCCACCCCACCCCACCCCACCCCCGGGUUUGGGUUUUUACUUUGUCUUUUUAUAUCUGUGGUUGUAUUUGGUGUUUGAAGAUGCAUCUAGUGAGGAUGGACAGGUGAAGACUCAAUUUAGCUUAGGAGUUCGGUUUGCCAAACUCCUAAGUCAAAGUGCUCUUUCCCACAUGGGCUUGGACUUACGUUUACUAGGAGAAAAUGAGGGGCAGGAAGUUGGAAAUAGCAAUGAGGUAGUGCAAAUUAUUUCCCAGGUAGUGAAGGCUGUUCCAACAACGAACGCGCUGAGCUCAGGUGAAUGCUGAGUUAGCGGUCCGCCAUGACUGCUUGUGAUCCUCCAGGGGGUUCUCCCAGAACACACGGUGCUGCUUAGGCAUUGGGCUGUUCUUUGAUUUGGUUCUGGGGGGGUUGUUGGUGUUUUUUUUAAUCAAGGUGGGCUACCUGAAGAGUGGCUGCAGUGACCCCCACGUGGCUGUGGUGGCCACGGGGAGGAAAUAAGUUUCUCACUUUGCUCUUAUGCAAUGAGCACUCCUUCCCAGGGUCAGAUGGGUCAAGUUUUAGGCUUUUAAGCCAAGAUGGCACCUUCUUUGGAGGUUGAUGCUAAGCCCAGGUUGGAGAUAAAGGCUCAGUGUUCUGCCCACGUGAGGGACGAUUCAGGAACUUUUAAGCCAGUCGUGGGCCCUGUUAGAAUGUGGAGCGUUCCCACAGGGCUGUCCUCAUGCGGGAUGGAGUGCGUGGCACUGUAUUACAAGUCGAGAUUUUCUGCCCCCUAUUUCCUUUUAUUGUCAUGAGAGAAAGAGAUACUGACUCUAAAGUUUGGAGGAGUGUGUGCGCGCGCGCGCACGUGAGUGUGUGUGUGUGUGUGUGUGUGUGUGUGUGUGUGUGCCUGAGCACUCACAUAUGACUUUAAAAGAGAUGUUCAAACUCCGAUGUGUCCAUGGAAGAACAAAGGAAAGGAAGCCUUUCUAGGUUUGUUUCCAGAUGUACGUGCGCUUCCCAUGUACCUCCCGUCUCUGUGAAGUUUGUGAACUGUACCCAUUACCACCCAGCCUUAGAGAACCAGUUCCUGUCUGCUCUCCCGCUUCCUGCCCAUCGGACUGCAGUUAGUGGAAGGAAGCAGCAGAGGGAAAGCUUUGAACAAGAUCCCCUCAAUGCAAACGAGCACCAUCUUUAUCCAGGUCUUACGUAGUCAGGCCAAACUCCAGAAACCCGAGGUUUUCAGUAUAAAAACCCAUCCACCUUCAACCUAGCACAGACAACCCCACUUGAAGCAAGAAAUAACAUAGUAAAUGCCACCAACCUGACCUGUGUUUGAAGGCAUGUAAAUUUAAAAGAACUUUAGAAAGUAACUUUUUUUUUUUGCAAAUAAGACUUCAACUAAAAAUUUUCUCAAAAAGAUUGUGUGUGUGUGUGUGUGUGUGUGUGUGUGUGUGUGUGUGUGUAAUUUUAGUUGAGGUCUUUUUUUUUUUAAUUCAUGUGAGUUUAAAUAAAACUCUACACCACCCCGAAAUUACAAAAUGACCGACCCUUGAGAGGGCGUCUGUAAAAUGUCAUCGAGAACGAAGAUCUCCAGGCUGAUGUUGCAAGCUUCGUUUCUCAGACUUUGUAAUAUAAGUCCCGCUGUCUCCCAGGACAGCCGUCAUUGCAUUUUAAAUUUCUUUGGGGGAUUAUUUAAUGAAAAACAUGCUGUUUUGUUUUAAACCGAAAGCCUAUUCUGGGUAGUUCUACUUUGGGAAAAAAUGUUAUCAUUUAAUUUCCUUUCUGUAAGUUAAAACUAAUGAAGUGUGGUCAUGGCAGAGCAGACAGAGAUGUUCUGGCCCUGGCAGCCAGCCUCUGAGUAGUUACACUGUUUCAGGGUAUUCUCGAUUAUGCAACCAUGACACCCACUUGUCCUGAGAGAGAGAAAGAAGCUUUGAAGCAGAUGCUUCCCAUUAACCUGGUGUUGCCUCACGUGAACCAAAGAUGUCAAAGUCCCCAUGGUAGAGAGCAUUCUGCCGAUGGGGGUGGGGAGGCUGCCACACUGUACCUGCUCCAUGCAAGGGUAUCUGCAGGCUCAGCAGCCCCAGAUCUCCAGGAACCUUACAAAGUCUUAAGGGAAUCUUGGCUGUCUCCUCACCUUGAGAUGUGGCCACCUAACUCAGAAUCUGCAUAUGCUUUAGAGCAGGUUACUCCUGAUGUAAAGCUGCUUACAUAUCCCCCACCCCAUCCCCCAGGCCCGUGUCGGAAGGCACACGCAGCAGAAACUGGGUUUCAUAUGACCCAGCUAGAGCAGUGAGGGAGCCCUGGCAGGGAGGGGCUGGGAGAUGUGUGUCUUGUGGAUCUCACUGUGCACGAUGACAUGACCCAAUGUGAAUGUCCUGUCUGCAGCAUGGUCAGAUACACACCCAGUGAGGGACCACAGACUCUGGGGGUUCCCCUAUACCUUGCACACUGUGUGGUAAUCCCCUGGCCUAUCUCACAGGGCGCUUCCAGAAUGCAAGAGGGGCAUCUUAGGAGCUUUGCUUUCCCGACUGCCAGAAAUGGGACAUCCUCAUUCCUGGUUCAUCACUAUGCAUCUUUGAAAUAAACAAAAAUGUAAACCUUUGCUAUUUUUUAUUUUUUAGCUUUUCAAAGAAUCAUCUCUGAAAAGAAUUACUGUAAACCAAUGCCUAUAAAGCAAGUCUACCAAAAUAAACUUUUAAGAUUUUUCAAUAUGA